CCUCGCGCCAGUCGCGGCUGCGCCGGCGUCGCCACCCCCACAGCGGGCGGCGGUUCGUGCGCGGGGCCGGCGGCCGGCGUGAGACCGAGGAGGGCGGGAAGGCGCUGUCGCUGAACACCGGCACGGUUUCCUAGAUCUAAAAGAAAGGACGAGUUAGAGUACCCUUCAAAAAUGGCUGCUAUUAAGGAAGAGAGAGAAGUGGAAGACUACAAGAGGAAAGGAAGACGAUCCUCACAGCAGAAAUACCGUAGACUGAAUAAGGGCCAUGAGCCAAAGGAGCCAGAGCAGUUGAGAAAGCUCUUCAUUGGAGGUCUGAGCUUUGAAACAACAGAUGAUAGCUUGAGAGAGCACUUUGAGAAAUGGGGCACACUCACGGACUGUGUGGUGAUGAGAGACCCACAAACAAAACGUUCCAGAGGCUUUGGUUUUGUGACUUACUCCUGUGUGGAGGAGGUGGAUGCUGCCAUGAGCGCUCGACCACAUAAGGUUGAUGGACGCGUGGUUGAACCAAAGAGAGCAGUUUCAAGGGAGGAUUCUGUAAAGCCUGGGGCUCACCUCACAGUAAAGAAAAUAUUUGUUGGUGGAAUUAAAGAAGAUACAGAAGAAUAUAAUUUAAGGGAGUAUUUUGAAAAAUAUGGCAAGAUUGAAACCAUAGAGGUCAUGGAAGACAGGCAGAGUGGAAAGAAGAGAGGCUUCGCUUUUGUAACUUUCGAUGAUCAUGAUACAGUUGAUAAAAUUGUCGUUCAGAAAUACCAUACUAUAAAUGGACACAACUGUGAAGUGAAAAAAGCGCUCUCAAAACAAGAGAUGCAGACUGCUAGCUCUCAGAGAGUGAAAUAUUUUGUAGGUCGUGGGGGUGGCUCAGGCAACUUCAUGGGCCGUGGAAACUUCGGAGGCGGUGGAGGGAAUUUUGGCCGAGGAGGAAACUUUGGAGGGAGAGGAGGCUAUGGGGGUGGUGGUGGCGGUGGUGGGAGCAGAGGAAGCUUUGGGGGUGGUGACGGAUACAAUGGAUUUGGUGAUGGUGGCAACUAUGGGGGUGGUCCUGGCUAUGGCAGCAGAGGAGGUUAUGGUGGUGGUGGAGGACCAGGCUAUGGAAACCCAGGUGGUGGAUAUGGAGGUGGAGGAGGAGGCUAUGAUGGCUACAAUGAAGGAGGAAAUUUUGGUGGUGGUAAUUAUGGUGGAAGUGGAAACUACAAUGAUUUUGGCAAUUACAGUGGACAACAGCAGUCGAACUAUGGUCCCAUGAAAGGUGGUGGCAGCUUUGGUGGCAGAAGUUCAGGCAGUCCCUAUGGUGGUGGCUAUGGAUCUGGAAGUGGAAGUGGGGGCUAUGGUGGUAGAAGAUUCUAAAAAUGCUACGUGAAAAAGGGUUGAAUGAGAAGCUGCUGCUUGACAAAAUGGGGAAUGUCUUGCACAUCUUCUUCAAAUGAAGGUUUCUGACUGGGUAAGAUUUGUAGUGUAUAGUAAAAUGUGUUUAACCCUUAUUUCCUUCUAGGCUUUCCUUUGACAGUCUUUUAAUAUCAAGGGAAAUCAUAAGUACUAAGCAGCAAAUACUCCAGCAUAUGUCAUCCAGUGUUUCCUGUGCUGGAUGAGGGCUGCUUGCUGGCACAAUGCCUAUUCAAGAAUCUUCUGUUCCUGGCAGAUAAAAAUUUUCUUCGUGUCUGAGAUCAACAAGACAAGUUUAUGUUUUGAAAUAAUGUGUUUUGGUUACUGGGGAGUGUGCGGGGGUGGGGGGAAAUUGUUCUGUGCCUUGUUAUGGAAAGAGGUGUCCCAGAGAAGCCCAGAAAGGCUGUGACACUGAAGUGGUUUUUCAGUUCUCAGCAGUGUGUGACCUGCUGCUGCUGCACCCCUUCUGGGAGGGAGCUUGGUAUGGCUGCAAGCUGGGAUUUCCCUCCUAGGUAGUGGAUCUUGGCUUACUGGGUGAAGUUGUAUUUACCUGUACUAAUCAAAGAGCUCCCUUUCAGAAUCUGGGUGCUUUCAGGCAGGGUAGUUGAGGCUAAUACUGUCGUAUGAUACCAAGCUGAAACCACAAUGCAUUUGUACUGGCAAAUUGAAGGGCAGUAAAAACUCAUGGAAUCUUGAUUUUAUGCAGACUGGAACAAGUAUUAAGUUUUGGAAGAGGUAUUAUUUCCUUUCUGCAUCUUUCAUUGUUACAGGUCCUUUUAUAAAGUACUUCAGCAUCUAUUUAAACUUCCUAAUACUUUCCUGGGCCUGUGCAUUCUUAGGAAGUCAAUUUCUAUUUUAGUGUUGGUUGUACUUCAGUUGCUCUGAAAGUAGUCAAAUGGAACCUGCCCAGUCAGAGGCAGAGGCAUGUUCACAAACUGUUUCAAGUACUUAAACUUUUUACUUGCUGCCUGUAGACUCCUAGAAAGUAAUUCCUGACUUUGUAAUACACAGUUAAAUGUAAUUUGGAAGUAACAUACAGCGAGUUUUGUAAAAUCAGAAGCUAUUUAAUUGAAAAUCUUGUGAUGACUGCAUAUAUUUUUUAAAAACUUUGAGACGAGUUUGUUCUUAGCCAAGCUUGAGCCUAAAUCCGAAACUGCAGACCUAAAAGUGGGAAAGCUGUGCUUUUGCUCUGCUUGGCAGAGCUCCCACAGGGAUUUGUGCAGCAGCAGGUAAUGGGAAACAGCAUUGCUCCGCAGGUGCAGGUGAAUGCUCUUGCACUUGCAGUGGUCUUUGGAUUUUUUUAACAGUAAAAUUUUGAAAAUGUUCUAACAAAAUUAAUUUUUAACAAAAACUUCCUAGUUUGCCUUUGUACUAGGCCUGUGUAUAUAGUGGAGCUCUACUUUUCCUUAACAUGAUUCCAUGUUGCUGCAGACUUGUUCUGUGCUCCAGAUAGGUCUUUUUGCACCACAUACAGAAAUACAUUAUCAGUGUUAGAAUUAUUUUCACAGUUUGAUUUAUAAGACUCUUGUUAAGACUAAUUUGCUUAAAUUCAGUUAUUUAUAGCCAAAUGUGUUCAGAAAUAACUUUGACCAAAAUAAACACAUUCUUAAGGGAGUACUUGGUUAAUUGUAUCUCUGUCCAAGAAGCACUUUAAGGAGUUAAAAGCAUUGUUUCAUGGCCAUGUUUUUGUUUACUGGCUUCUGUUGAAAGUAGCUUUAAAUGGGGAUGGGGAUGUAAAGAUGCAAAGCAUUGGUCCGUAAGCUGCAGUUGUACAGAAAUUUACUUGAUAACAAAAAUUAUACUUCCAGGUUAUAGAGAAGGGGGGCUCCCCAAAAGCAGCCCAGAUUGAUGGAGGUAACUAUGCUAUUACAGAAAACUGAAAUUAAACACAGCUUCUAACUUUGAUAUCCUUUCAAUACUUAUGGUUCCUAAUCUUCAAGCAUUGAUUGUGUGAUGUACUGACUGUGCUGUCUUUGGUUCCUGUGCUUAAGACGUUACCGUGUUUUCAUGUAGUGUGUGCACUAAGGUGGGAUAUUCAGAAAUCAGUGUGUGGUCUCUGACAAAUGUGUGUAUCUGGAAUUGUGUGGAACGUGUAACAUCUUCAGUAUCACUGAAAUUCCACGUAUCUGAUGGAUGAUUCUUCUUUUGCUGUGGGUGCUACAGGUUGAUAUCUCUCUCUAUUAGCUUUUUCCUGAACUAAAGUAAUCCAAGUAUCUCCAUAGAAGACAAAAUGGCCUUCAUGUAGAAGACAGUAUCGCAAGAUUGGAAACAGAAUAAAAUUGUGUAACUGGCAAAGACUUCAAGAGCAAUGGUGCUAGUGUGCUGACAUCUUGAAACUUGUGGUUAAACAAGUUAAAAUAGCAUGGAAAUUUAAAAUUUCAGUAUAGUCCAUAAUGGAUUGAAAUUUGUUAAAAUAUUUCAAUUUUGUAUCAGAAUAAAGUGUAUAUUGUCAAAUGACUUACAAUCUAAAAUGCGUUGGCAUCACCUUUUUUAGUGCUGUGAAGAAUACAGAGUGGUCCAGAAUUAUUGCAACACACUUUCUUACAGGAUCAUCUUUCCAAGUUGUGACUGCAGCCAAACCCCCUCGGUUCAGGCCAGCUUUUCAGCUUUAUUCUUAAUAGUUUUAAAUCCACGUGGCAGCUUGUCUGUGAGAUCAGCAUUGUGAUGCUUUCAGUUUGGCAGUGUCACUAGUUACUCAGGUUUGGGAACAUACUCUGUACCUCAAUAAUAAUAAAAUGAAGUAGUUUGCAAUCUGAUGUUUUUAUAUGUAUGAGUAAUGUGGAUUUUUUUCCUUAAUGUGUUGGGGGGUUUGAUGUGAGAGCAGCA